AUGGCGCCUGGCGCUGUAUCACCCGAGAGGGACGCUGGCCCCCUCCGUACCUUGACCACCCACUUCGACGAUACGAUCCGUUUUUUCCUGAACGGCACAAGGGUAGUUCUGGACGAGAUUGAUCCUGAAGUAACACUCUUGGAAUACCUUCGAGGUAUCGGCCUGACCGGCACGAAGCUAGGAUGUGGUGAGGGCGGCUGCGGCGCCUGCACUGUUGUUAUCUCACAGUACAACCCUACAACAAAAUCCAUCUAUCAUGCGAGCGUCAACGCCUGUUUGGCACCACUCGCCAGCUUGGACGGCAAGCAUGUCAUCACAAUCGAGGGUAUCGGCAAUACGGAGGCUCCACACCCUGCUCAGGAGCGCGUGGCUAGGAGCAACGGAAGCCAGUGUGGCUUCUGCACACCCGGCAUCGUCAUGAGCCUAUACGCCUUGUUGCGGAACAACCAGUCACCGUCCGACGACGAUAUCGAGGAAGCCUUUGACGGUAAUCUGUGUAGGUGUACCGGCUACCGGCCGAUUCUCGAUGCGGCACAGACAUUCAGCAGCUCCAAUGCUUGCGGCAAAGCCACUGCCAAGGGCGGCUCGGGAUGCUGUAUGGAGAAGGGCGACGGCGAGAAGAGCGGCGGCUGCUGCAUGGACAAGGCUGCGCUUGAUGACCAGCCCAUCAAGCGAUUCACGCCCCCUGGUUUCAUCGAGUACAACCCGGACACUGAGCUCAUCUUCCCACCGGCGCUCAAAAAACACGAAAUGCGACCUUUGGCAUUCGGCAACAAGCGGAAGACUUGGUACCGUCCCGUGACUCUCCAGCAGCUGUUGGAGAUCAAGAGUGUGUAUCCCUCGGCCAAGAUCAUCGGCGGCAGCACGGAAACACAGAUUGAGAUCAAGUUCAAGGCGUUGCAGUAUCCCGUGUCGGUAUUUGUCGGAGAUAUCCCAGAACUGCGGCAGUACGAGUUUAAAGAUGAUCACCUCGAAAUUGGAGGCAACGUCAUUCUUACCGAUCUCGAAAACAUGUGCAAGGAGGCCAUCACACAUUACGGGCAUGACAAGGCACAAGUUUUUGAGGCUAUGCACAAGCAGCUGAAGUACUUUGCUGGACGCCAGAUUCGCAACGUCGGUACCCCUGCUGGGAACUUAGUUACUGCGUCUCCCAUCUCUGAUCUGAACCCCGUCUUCUGGGCUGCCAACGCUGUCCUGGUGGCCAAAUCGCAUACGAAGGAGACUGAGAUUCCCAUGUCCGAAUUCUUCACUGGGUACCGCCGUACUGCUCUGCCGCAGGACGCCAUCAUCGCGUCCAUCCGGAUCCCAGUAACGCAGCGUAAGGGGGAGUUCUUCCGUGCUUACAAGCAAGCCAAGCGCAAGGAUGACGAUAUUGCCAUUGUCACAGGUGCUCUCAGGAUCAAACUCGAUGAUAGUGGUGUCGUUACUGACUGCAAUAUCAUCUAUGGUGGCAUGGCUGCUAUGACGGUAGCUGCCAAAAAUGCCAUGGCUUACCUUGUCGGCAAGCGGCUGGCCGAGCUUGAGACACUCGAGGGCACGAUGAGUGCGCUUGGUACCGAUUUUGACCUACAGUUCAGUGUCCCCGGCGGCAUGGCCUCAUAUCGCAAAGCCCUCGCCUUCAGCUUCUUCUACCGAUUCUAUCACGACGUCGUUACCAACAUUGAUGGCCAAAAUAAGCACGUCGACAAGGAGGCCAUCGACGAGAUUGAGCGCAGCCUGUCGACGGGCUUCGAAGACAAAGACACGGCGGCCGCUUACGAACAGGAGACUGUUGGCAAGUCGAAGAACCAUGUGGCAGCACUGAAACAAGUCACAGGAGAAGCUCAAUACACUGACGACACCCCCGCACUCAAGAACGAGCUCCACGGAUGUUUCGUGCUUUCCACAAAGGCACACGCCAAGAUCAAGUCGGUCGACUACUCCGCUGCGCUUGAUAUUCCAGGCGUUGUUGAUUACAUUGACAAGAACGACAUUCCCACCCCAGAACUCAAUCGCUGGGGUGCGCCCAACUUCGAUGAGGUAUUCUUCGCCGAGGACAUGGUUUACACGGCUGGACAACCGAUCGCUAUGAUACUUGCAACAACUGCCCUCCGCGCGGCCGAGGCCGCUCGCGCUGUGAAGGUUGAGUACGAAGAACUGCCGCCCAUCCUCACAAUCGAGGAGGCCAUCGAGCAAGAGAGCUUCCACAAGUACUUCCGCGAGAUCAAGAAUGGAAACGCGGAAGAGGCAUUCAAGAAUUGCGACCACGUCUUCACUGGUACCGCGAGAAUGGGUGGCCAAGAGCACUUCUACCUAGAGACGCAGGCGGCGCUUGUAGUGCCUAAACUGGAAGACGGGGAGAUGGAGAUCUUCGCAAGCACGCAAAACCCCAACGAGACGCAAGUCUUUGCGGCGCGCAUGUGCGGCGUUCAGGCAAACAAGAUCAACGUUCGGGUUAAGCGACUCGGCGGUGGUUUCGGUGGCAAGGAAACACGAUCUAUCCAGCUCAGCACACCACUCGCCCUGGCGGCGAAGAAGACGAAGCGGCCUGUACGAUGCAUGCUCACGCGCGAGGAGGACAUGGUCACGUCAGGUCAGAGACAUCCCUUUCUGGGUCGGUGGAAGGUCGGUGUGAAUAAGGACGGCAAGAUCCAGGCCUUGGACCUUGACGUUUUCAACAACGCAGGCUGGACAUUUGACCUCAGCGCUGCCGUCUGCGAGCGAGCCAUGAGCCACUCCGACGGCUGCUACAAGAUCCCCAAUGUGCAUAUCCGAGGCCGUCUGUGCAAGACCAACACCAUGUCCAACACGGCCUUCCGUGGUUUCGGUGGACCGCAAGGCAUGUUCAUCGCCGAGACGUACAUGGAGGAGGUGGCCGAUCGCCUGGGCAUCCCAGCAGAGAGGUUCCGCGAAAUCAACUUCUAUAAGCCGCUCGAGACGACACACUUCAACCAAGCCCUCACUGACUGGCACGUGCCGCUGAUGUACGAGCAGGUGCAGCAAGAGUCUCACUACGAACUACGGCGAGCCAUGAUUACAGAAUUCAACGCGAGUAACAAGUGGCGCAAGCGAGGCCUUGCGCUCAUCCCUACGAAAUUCGGCAUCUCGUUCACUGCGCUCUUCCUCAACCAGGCAGGCGCCUUAGUCCAUAUCUACCAUGACGGCUCGGUUCUGGUGGCCCAUGGCGGCACAGAGAUGGGUCAGGGUCUGCACACCAAGAUGACGCAGAUCGCAGCCCAGGCUCUGCAAGUGCCGCUCGAUAACGUUUUCAUCUCGGAGACAGCCACCAACACGGUCGCCAAUGCUUCGUCAACCGCGGCGUCUGCCUCGUCUGAUCUCAACGGCUACGCCAUCCACAACGCUUGUCAGCAGCUCAACGAGCGCCUCGCCCCUUACCGAGAGAAGCUCGGUGCAAAGGCGACAAUGAAAGACCUUGCACAUGCGGCAUACUUUGACAGAGUCAACCUUUCGGCGCAAGGAUUCUAUAAGACACCAGAGAUCGGUUACACCUGGGGCGAGAAUCGCGGCAAGAUGUUUUUCUACUUCACCCAGGGCGUGGCGGCAGCCGAGGUCGAGAUCGACACGCUGACGGGCACCUCGACGUGCAUUCGGGCAGACAUCAAGAUGGACGUGGGCCAGUCGAUCAACCCAGCCAUCGACUAUGGCCAGAUCCAGGGCGCUUUCGUGCAGGGCAUGGGCCUGUUUACGAUGGAGGAGUCACUGUGGCUGCGCAACGGACCCAUGGCGGGCAACCUCUUCACGAGGGGUCCUGGCGCAUACAAGAUCCCAGGCUUCCGCGACAUUCCCCAAACAUUCAACGUGAGCCUGCUCAAAGACGUCGAGUGGAAGGACCUGCGCACGAUUCAGAGGAGCCGAGGCGUCGGCGAGCCCCCACUAUUCAUGGGCAGCGCCGUCUUCUUCGCCAUCCGGGACGGACUACGGGCGGCGAGGCGGCAGUACGGCGUCGAGGCAACGGUGGGCCAGGAUGCGAGCGAAGACGGGCUUCUCAGGUUAGAGAGUCCGGCGACGCCCGAAAGGAUCCGGUUGAGCUGCGAGGACCCGAUCAUGCGGGCGGCGCGCGUGCUGCCGAAGGAGGGGGAGAAGAGCUUCUUCGUGGCGAUCUAA